AUGCAAGACGAGCAGCUCCUUCAGGAUGCAGGUGAGCAGUCCCGGAGUGAUAGCGAGACUGACAGCAGCGAUGGCUCGGAUGCGGAUUCGGAUGCAGUCGACAACCAUGGGAGCCCGCGAACAUUCCGUGGCAUGGCGCGAGCACUGCAGAAGGCAGCUGAUGAAGAUUCUGAUGACUCGGAUGUUGGCGAAGUUGUCGAACAGCAAUCCUCGAGUGCUGGCAUUCCUCCGCGAUGUAUUCGUUGCUUCUUUAGGAGAAAGCGUCUAUUCACGAUCAAGAAAUUGUUCAAUUGGUCAGUGGAGGUCGGAUGA